AUGUGUAGGUCUCCAAGUUGUGAUGAGAAGGGUUUGAAGAAGGGGCCAUGGACACCGGAGGAGGAUCCGAAACUGAUUAAUUAUAUGCGAAACCAGGUCCAUGGCCAUGGAAGUUGGAAAGCACUCCCCCGGAACGCCGGUUUGAACCGGUGCGGAAAGAGUUGCAGGCUUAGGUGGACUAAUUAUCUGAGGCCUGACAUCAAGAGAGGGAAAUUUUCUGAUGAAGAACAAGAAGUCAUCAUCAACCUCCAUUCAGUUCAUGGAAGCAAGUGGUCGAGGAUUGCUGCUCAGCUUCCAGGAAGGACUGAUAACGAAAUAAAGAAUCUCUGGAACAUCCAUCUGAGGAAGAAGCUCCUCCUUAUGGGUAUUGAUCCAAUAACCCACAAACCAGUCUCUGAUCUGAACCUCCUUCUCAACCUUUCUAAGUUGGUGUCUACCCCAAACUUCAACAAUUUGAUGAAUCCCUGGGACAAUGCUCUUAGGUUACAGACAGAUGCCACUCAACUAGCCAAAAUCCAACUGUUUCAAAACAUUUUGCAGAUCAUAAAUACAAUUCCACUUUCAAAUAUUGAACAGACUAGUUUUUUGGGAUCACAGAACUAUGCCCAGAUUGAUGGACUUCUGAAUGGGACAAGGACUGUCUAUACCACUGAACAGUCCCAAUCACCGUUCAAACCCUCAAACUUGGGUUUUACACCACAAGUAUUCAAUGAUUACAGUGUCAUUACAAACUCACUGGCAUUGUCUACAGGUGGAUUACGCCAAGAGGUUCUCGAUUUCAACGAUAAUAUUCCACUUCCUGCAUUGGUUUUGGAGACUCCCGAAAGCUCCAUUGUCAACCGAAUGGAAAGCACAGAGCCAGCUUACUUUUCAGCCCAUUCACCCACCUCCAACUUCUUUGAGGAGUGGGAAAAACUGAUGGAUGAUGAAGCCAGUAGCUCCUCAUGGAGAGAUAUUAUACAUUAA